UUUCUCGACGCCGAACGAAGAGGUGAAUCCCACUUUUAGCUCGAAUUAAAUCUAUCUUGUGUUUUUUUUCUUCUUUGAAAUUUGAGGUUCGACACUUUUCAUUCAGUAAAGAGGCAAAAGCUCGAUCCCUUCUAGCCAUGACCGGGCUUUUGCGUUUGGAUACGCUUUCUCUCCGUUGGGACUGACGGGAACUAGCUAAAUUGAUUUAGUACUAGCUUUAAACUUAAUUAGCUGACAUUAGCUACUAAUGAAAGAAAUAUAUUUUCUGGUGAGGAAACGGGGGAAUACAGAGAACGACAGAAAAGAAAACGAGGAAACCACCAAAAGGAAAUGCCAAUCGCAGCCACGGGUCAACUGACGACUCAGGAACCCCGUAUUUUCUCCCGACUGCCCUCCACCCCGGAGCCUGUACCAAAAGGGGGUAAUUUAUGUGACGUUGCGGGGGCAGUAGCCGAGUCGCAGGAGCGAACAGAAUACGGGGGCGCCGAGGGGGGCAGGGGAGGACUAGUAGCCAGCUACAGUCAGACCAGCGGCGCUAGGGGAUUUCUGCCGCUUCGUUCUUCCAACUCCAACGGUUCUCCUCCGCAAUCCCCUCCGACGUCCUCCCCCCUCGCCUCAUCUUUCUUCCAUCACCACCCCUAUCAAAUGGCCAUGGAGCCGCCCAGGACUCGAUCGCGUUCUCGGUCUGGAUUCUACCAGCAGUAUGGUUUGACCGGCCCCGGGAUUAAUGCCAACGGGGGAACCGGACCUAACCACCAUCACCACCACAGCCAGCAGCAGCAUCAUCAACAGCAGCACAACUCGGGUUGCCUUGGAGCUCACAGCCACCACACGGAGCAGCACAGCAUACGAGCCCCGGGAUCUAACGUCUCCCCCGGCGCUCAGAGGCAGUCGGGACCGCUUGGAACACAUCGCAUCUCACCCGCAGGAGCCAUAGGAGGGAGGAGCCAUCCUGACCAUGCCUGUGGAGAGGAGGGUGACAAGGUAAGACACACACACACACACACACACACACACACACACACACACACACACAGUCAUGAUAUCGUGCUCCAGCAGCUCUUCUAGUGUUUACAGAUAUGACCUCAUCGUGAGAGAGAAACUGUCAGGUCCA